AUGGAGUUAAAUUCCCUCUCUGAAGGAAAAUGGUGGGGUGAUGAUUGCCUCCGCCAUGUUGAUGGCUUUUGGCUUUUGCCUCAAUUUGUCGAACCCAUCGAUAGGGUUGUUAAGCAUUUUAGGCCUCUCCCAAGUGAUAUAAUCUUAGCUUCUUUCCCAAAAACCGGCACGACAUGGCUGAAGUCCCUCCUUUUCGCCAUUGUUCAUCGAACCUCCAAACAUCGUUUGGCGAUGAAAAAUCCACACGAAUUGGUUCCGAAUUUAGAAGUUCAAGUUUACACUGCAUCCGAUGAACCUCUAACGACAAAUCCUUGUUCUAGACAUCGGAUUUUUAGCACACACAUUCCCUACCAACUCCUCGCUAAAACCCUAGAUUCAUCCGACUGUCGCAUUGUAUACGUGACUAGGAACCCCAAAGACACCCUGGUCUCGACAUGGUAUUUCGUGAACAAGUGGAAGAAGGCGGAAAAGGAGCCGUGGCCGCUUGAAGUGGCAGCUGAAAAAUUUUGUGACGGGCUCGUUCCUUGUGGACCUUAUUAUGAUCAUGUCAUGGGGUACAAGAAGUUGAGUUCGGAAAAGCCUAAGAAGCUGUUUUUUAUAACUUAUGAGGAGCUCAUGAGUGAUCCCAUAUCACAUGUCAAGAACUUGGCUGAGUUCUUGGGGUGUCCCUUUGAAGGAGAACAUGAAGUUGAAGAGGUUGUGAAAUGUUGCAGCUUUCGAGUACUAAGUGAACAUGAGGUGAACAAGUCCGAGGAGUCUCCAGUUUGGUUCCAAUUGCCGUACAAUUCUUUCUUCAGAAAAGGGGCCGUUGGGGAUCACAAAAACCACCUUAGUGAUGAGAUUAUAGAACGCAUUGAUGCACUUACUAUAGAGAAGUUUCAUUCCGUAGGUUUCAUGUAUGGGAUUUGA